AUCCGGUGUCGCCAAUACAAUUCCCUUUCCUUUUGCAAGAUGGCGCGCGGGGGCGCCGGGAAGCGCGAUGCGGGCGAUUCGGGGUUCCUGGGGUUCCGGUCCGGUUCGGUGGACCCCGGGGCCGCGAGGCGGCGGCGACGCGGGCCUCGGAACAAGAAGCGGGGCUGGCGGCGUCUCGCGGAGGAGCCGCUGGGGCAGGAGGUGGACACGUUUCUGGAAGACGUGCGGCUGCAGGAGCGCGCGACCGGGGGCCUGAUCUCAGAGACUCCGGAUGAAAACCUCUUCUUUGUGGACACGGGGCGCCAGGAGAAGGACUUGAAGAUAAAUCAGGACCUGAAGAAGCGUUUUUGGAUUGAUCGUAUUUUAGAAUCACGUUCCAAAGUACCUUCCCCAAAAAACAUCCUCGCCCACCAGAUCCCCAAUGGGAAGAAGCUGAAACGUAAACAGCGCUUGUGGGAGCACUUGGCCCAGCAGGGAAAGCUACCCCGGGAGGUGCGGAAGGCCCAGGCCCGGCUGCGUCAGCCCCCAGAGCCAAAGACCAAGCCUUCUGACUCAGAGGAAACAGCCAGCCGACCUUUCUAUGACCUCUGGGCUGAGGAUAAUCCUCUGGACCGCCCCUUGGUUGGCCAGGACAUCUUCUUCUUGGAACAGACCAAGAAGAAGGCAGUAAAGCGACCUCAGCGCCUGCAGACCAAGCCCUCUCAGGCCCCAGCUGUGGAAGUGAUAUCUUCUGGAGGCUCUUACAACCCCUCGUUCCAGGCCCACCAGGCCCUGCUCCUGGAAGCCCAUGAAGUGGAGCUGCAGAGGCAGAAGGUGGAAGAGAAGCUCAGUCGCCAGCUGGCCUUCCCCACUGUGGAUGAGGCCCCCACUCAGGAGUCGGCGUUCAAGGAGCAAUGUGAAGGGCUCCUGGAGGAGUCGGACGGGGAGGCUCCCGCAGAGCCAGAGGGAGAGGAGGAUGCAGGUUCCCUGGCGCACAGACCCCCAGGCCCAGAGAAGAAGACGGAGCAGCAGAGGAGGCGGGAGAAGGAGGCCCGGAAGUUGAGAGCCCAGCAGGCGGCAGAGCGGGCAGCGAAGACGAGGCGCCAGGAGGUGUUCCAGCUCCGAGGCAUCAGGCUACAGGUGGCCCAGCGGCUGAUGGAGCUGGCCCGGCGGCGAGAGAGACGGAGGCUGAAGCGGCUGGCGGAGGACGCGAAACCCCGACGGCUGGGUCGGCUUAAAUAUCAGGCUCCAGACCUUGAUGUGCAGCUCAGCACUGAACUGGCCGAUUCCUUGAGGAAGCUAAAGCCUGAGGGUAGCAUUCUUCGGGACCGAUUUAAGAGCUUCCAGCGAAGGAACAUGAUUGAGCCUAGGGAAAGAGCCAGGUUCAAGCGGAAAUACAAGGUCAAGCUGGUGGAGAAGCGGUCCUUCCGGGAGUUCCAGUGA